CUUUGGUGAGUCGGUGUGACACACACACACACACACACACACACACACAUUAAGAAGCCCGGCUGCAGAAUCAUCUGUUACUCCACGUCCCUCCGACACAGACGACACACACAGAGACGCUCUGACAAAAGAACGAUGUCGGGACCGAGGCCCGUGGUGCUGAGUGGCCCCUCUGGAGCAGGGAAGAGCACUCUGUUGAAGAGGCUGAUGAAGGAGCACGAAGGAGUCUUUGGAUUCAGCGUCUCACACACAACGAGAAACCCUCGACCAGGAGAAGAAGAUGGCAAAGGACUGAACAAGCUCCCCAUGCUUCUGGGGGCUACUUUACUGCCCGUAGCAGCCGUCUUAUCCUCUGAGGACAUAGAAAUGUCAGCCUCAUUUUCGUGUCCAAAUGAAUCAGAAACCACAGAUGAAGACUAUCACUUCACAACGAGAGAGGCCAUGCAGGAGGGCAUCGACAAAGGAGAGUUCAUUGAGCACGCUGAGUUUUCUGGCAACAUGUAUGGAACAAGUAAGGCUUCUGUGGAAGACGUGCGAGCCAAAAACCUGAUCUGCAUCCUGGACGUGGAUAUCCAGGGGGUGAAGCGGAUUAAAGAGACCGACCUGAACCCCAUCUACAUCUCCAUCCAGCCUCCAUCUAUGGAUGUUUUGGAAAAACGUCUGAGGGACAGGCAGACGGAAUCAGAGGAGAGUUUACAGAAACGUCUGGAAGCGGCACGCGUCGACAUGGAGCUCAGUAAGGAGCCCGGAGUGUUUGAUGCUGUGAUCAUCAACGAUGACUUAGAAAAGGCCUACGAGGAGUUAAAAGAAAUCCUGGAUGAAGAAAUUAAAAAAGUUCAGGAGGCCAAAUCAUAAUAAGGAAAUAAUCAGGCAGUCUUUCAGCAGGUGGACAGGAACACUUUCAUGUGUCUUUGACUGGAACAGCUCCAUCGUCACUGGAACACGUGAAAUAAGAAAAGCUCUUCCUUACGCUCAGCUGCGUCCAGCUGCAGUUCAGACACACAGAUGGAAACGAAGAGCUCUGGACUGACGUGUCUCACAUGUCCUUUGUGUUAGAUUUAGUGAAAGCAGUGGCUGAUAUUAGGUGUGUAGUCCUACUUCAUAGAUUUCUGACAUUUGGCUCAGCGAAUAAAACGCCAAAUCCAGCGCUACGUUUGGUCUUCACAGGCUGGCGCAGAUCUGCUUUAGCUCCACAUCUAGAAAGUGUUCAGAUACUAUGACUUCUACCUGAAGUAGAAAUAAAUUCAGUCUUAGUCGAGUCUAUUAUCAGGAUGGACUCAUGCACAUGAACGACAGAGCAUCUGAAAAUCACUGUUUGUGGUAGAUUUAAUCUAAAAUGUGUGUUAGAGCUGAAAUGUACGUGUGUUGUACUGAAACGAGACAGAAUAAAGAGUUUUAGGACAAUGA